GCGAGGCAGGGGUGCGGCGCGAGCGCGACCGACCGCCAGCGGCGAGUGUCAUGACGUGAGUGCGUGAGUGCCAGCACGGGUGGACAUCGCGCGUCCAUCCAGACUGAGACAGCCCGCUCCGAGAGAGUGCCUGUGCCAAUACUGUGCCAUUUGCCGCGAGCGGGGACCGCCAUGGGGCAAGUACAAAAGCGGCCGCUCUGGCUGCUGCUGGCGCUGCUGCUGCAGUGUUUGACUGGGAACGCGCAGGGCCCCGGCGAACUGCCGAUCCGGUCGCGCGCCGUUCGGGAGGAGUACGACACGGGAGUGCAGUCGCGCGCCAUCGACACGCGGGUCGAGUUCGAGGUCGAGGAGGGCCAGCCGCCGGACACGCUGGUCGGCACGAUCCCGAUCAAGCCCAACUUUCGGUACCGUUUCAACGAGGAGCCGCGUGAGUUCCGACUGAACGCGACCACGGGCGAGAUACGGACAGUGGGCGACCUCGACCGCGAGGCCCUCCGCUCGGAGAGGUUCGAUCUGGUCAUCCUGUCGUCGCAGCCGACGUACCCCAUCGAGGUGCGGAUCGUGGUGGUGGACCUCAACGACAACGCGCCCGUGUUCCCCGAGCCGUCCAUCAGUAUCACCUUCUCCGAAUCGGUCAACUCAGGCACGCGCGUCAUCUUGGAUACGGCCUCGGACGGCGACGCCGGCGAGAAUGACGUCACCACCAAUUACAAGAUCAUCAGCGGGAACGAAGACCAGAACUUCAAGCUGGUGGUGACGACUAACCCGAGUGGCGAGACGCCCUACCUGCACAUGGAGACCACGGGCCAGCUAGACCGCGAGUGCAAGACCUUCUACCAGCUGAACAUCUCGGCGGAGGACGGCGGCAACCCCAAGCUGUACGGCUACCUCUUGGUCAACAUCACCAUCCUCGACGUGAACGAUAACCCGCCCAUCUUUGACCAUAGCGACUACACGGUCAGUCUGAACGAGUCGGUGCCACCGGGCAGCCCGGUGCUGCAGGUGAUGGCGAGCGACGCCGACGACGGAGACAACGCCAAGAUCACCUACUUCCUGCCCGACGACCAGACGCAGUUCGAGGUGGACAGGGAGACGGGUGUCAUUUCCACCCUGGAUACGCUCUCAUGCCAGCAGGAAUGCUCGCAGUCGGUCAACUGCAGUAAGUCGUGCGUGUUCACUGUGUUCGCGCGCGACCAUGGUUCGCCGCAGCAGAACGGCAGGACGUACGUCACAGUCAACCUGCUGGACGCCAACGACCACGACCCGGUCAUCAAGUUCCGCUACUUCCCACCCACAGCCGAGCACGCCACCGUCGACGAGAACGCACAGAACGGCUCGGUGGUGGCAGUCGUGUCUGUGGUGGACGUUGAUGAGGGAGACAACGGCGAAACCUACAUUGAGAUCACUGACGGCAACCAGCUCAACCACUUUCGGCUGCAGAAGACGCAGAGCUUUGACAUCGUGCAUGUGAACGGCGUGCUGGACCGUGAGAAGCUCACCAAGUACAACCUGACGAUCGUGGCGACGGACAAGGGCUCACCGCCGCGCAGCUCCACCGCUUUCCUGAUCAUCCAGGUGAACGAUAUCAACGAUCAUGCGCCAGCGUUCGAGAAGUCCGAGUACUCAGCAGUGCUGAGCGAAACGGUGCCGGUUGGUACGUACGUGGCAGGCAUUACGGCCACGGACGAGGACACCGGCAUCAACUCCAAUAUCUACUACGCCAUCGUGUCAGGGGACGACUCGCAGUGGUUCAGCAUAGAUGUCAACACUGGCCUGAUUACCACCAGGACUGAGCUGGACCGCGAGCUCAAAGACACUGUGCUGCUGAAGAUCAUCGCUCGCGACGGCGGCCCCAAUCCAAAACGGGCCCAAACGCAGCUCAAGAUCUCCAUUUUGGACGAGAAUGACGAGCGGCCCACGUUCAGGGAGCCGAUUGUCAACAUCAGUUUGUCGGAGAACACCCAGCCCAAGACGCUGGUGGCGAUCGUGGAGGCGGUGGAUAACGAUCAAGGCACCAACGGUACCGUGACGUACCUGUUCCACGACGACGUGGAAGAAGACUACCCCGGAACCUUUGCUCUGGACUCUUCCAGAGGCAGGGUCACAACCAAGACAAAGUUGGACCGAGAGGCGAUGCCAAACUGUGUUAUCAAGGUCAUCGCGCGUGAUCAAGGUCUGCCUCCCGUCUCAUCCACCGCCACCAUCAACCUGGAGCUGCAAGAUGUCAAUGACAACUCACCGGAGAUCUAUCCCAAGCAGUAUUUCGUGACCGUGCCAGAAGACAUGGAAAAGGGUAGUCCCGUGGUGCAAGUCUCAGCCACUGACAAGGACGAGGGAGAAAACGCCAUCAUAAGCUACGAAAUCACAGGUGGUGCCGGAGGUGCGUUCGAGAUCGAGAAGGCAACCGGCCUAAUCCGCCUGGCAGGGAAACUGAACCGAAGCAAGAUGUCCAGCUACCAGCUGACCGUGUCGGCCACGGACAUGGGCGGACGCCGCGCCCUUGAAGACGCAGUUGUGGACAUAGUUGUAGAUAAUAACCGGCUGAAGGAGCUGGAAUUCGAAAACACUGAUGGCUACCACUUCUCCGUUGAGGAAGACCCAGGCAAAAAGACUCCGGACAAGGGUCGGCUGGUUGGAAAGGUUGUCGUUUCGAAUGCACAGGAGGGCAAAGACGUUACGUUCGCCAUUGUCUCCGGAGAUAUUGACGGCAUCUUCGCGAUCGACUCCAGUUCGGGCGACAUCAAAACGGCACGUCGCAUUGACCGUGAGGAGAUGGCGUCUUACACCCUAACGGUGGUGGCCACGGCCAGCGGCUCGUUCGGCACCACCAACGUCCGCAUCGAUGUGGACGACGUAAACGACAGUCCACCGCGCUUCAAGAAGUCCCGCACGGUGGCUCGGGUGGAAGAACGACGACCGAUUGGUCACGAGGUCUAUCUGGCGAGGGCAACGGACAACGACGCUGGCGACAACAGCAAGAUCACGUACUCGCUGUCCAAGAACCCAGACAAGUUUUUCAAAAUCGACUCUGAGACUGGCAUGAUCUACUUGCAAAAGAGGCUGCAGACGGAGAAGAGACGCGUGUUCGAGCUGGAGGUGACUGCGGUAGAUGGUGGAACGCCGCAGCUGAGUGCCCACCAGAAAAUAGCAAUGCUGGUGGAGGAUGUGAACGAUCACACUCCAGUGUUUGGCCAUCCGUCGUACGAGGCGUCUCUUCUGGAGUCAACACCGGUCAACGACCGCUUCUUUUCCCUCACGGCUUCGGACGAAGACGAGGGCAAAAACGGCUUCAUCUCGUACGAGAUCACUCAUGGUAACGAGCUGGAGAAGUUUGGCAUCUUUCCAGACGGCUAUCUGUACAUCAAGAGCCCGCUGGAUCGAGAGGAGUGGGACUACUACGCCAUCACGGUGGUGGCAACCGAUCACGGUGACCCUCCGCGCAGCUCUACAGCCUCGGUCGUCAUCCACGUCAUCGACGAAAACGACCAUGCGCCCGUGUUCGCCAAUCAGACCUUUGACUUCUACGUGGCGGAGAACGAGCCUCCCGACUCCUACGUUGGCAAGCUGCUGGCUUCUGACCUCGAUAAGGGGCGCAACGCCGAGCUGACCUUCGCGCUCGCCUCGGACGCCAUCGACUUCACAGUCGACCCAAAGAGCGGCUUCAUCAAGACGCUGCACUAUUUCGACCGCGAGAGCCUGGUGGCCGAGACCGGUCGUGACUUCAUCAGCCUGGAGGCGGUGGUGCGCGACAACGGCAUCCAGCGGCUGCAGGACACGGCCGAGGUCAACAUCCACAUCGUCGACACCAACGACAACGCGCCCGUGUUCACGCGCCUGCCCAAGUCGACGCAGAUCAGCGAGCUGGCGUCAAUCGGUUCGCUGGUGGCGCGCAUCUCGGCCACGGACGCCGACGCGGCGCUCAACGGAGACGUGGUGUACGCGCUGGUCGACGGCAACCGCGACGAGAAGUUCCGCAUGGACGCCAGCACCGGCCAGCUGCUGGUGGCCGGCAUCCUGGACCGCGAGACGCAGGACCAAUACAUGCUGACGGUUGCGGCGUCGGACGCGGCGGCCGACGCGGCGCUCACGUCCACGGCCACCGUGCGGGUGGACGUGCUGGACGAGAACGACAACCAGCCCGAGUUCACGCAGACCGAGGCCUCGAUCUCGAUUCCGGAGACGACUGAGAUCGGCACGGAGCUCAUGCAGUUCCAGGCGACCGACCCGGACCUGGGCAUCAACCAGGAGGUCACGUUCGGUAUCGCCAGCGGCUCAGGCCAGGGCACGUUCCGCGUGGACACGCACACGGGCACGCUGUUCCUGGACAAGGCGCUCGACUUCGAGAAGCAGAGAGUCUUCAACCUCAACAUCACAGCCAGCGACGCUGGCAAGCCGCGCCUCACUGCCACCAUUACGUUUGCGAUCUUCAUCAAGGACGUCAACGACAACCCGCCCAACUUCCCGAAUACGGCGAUCGUCAGCCAGAUCAGCGAGGAUAUCAAGCUGGGCAAGACGAUCGUGUCGGUGCGUGCCACCGACCCCGAUUCGGGCAACAACGGCCGCGUGGCGUACAGCAUCGCGCGCCAGGAGCCGCGUGGCGACCACUUCGGCAUCAAGCCGGACACGGGCGUCAUCUACGUGAAGGCGCCGAUCGACCGUGAGGUGGCCGACACGUACCGGCUGACCGUGCUGGCCACUGACCUGGCCGAGCCGCCCGAGCAGCGGCUCAGCGCCGAGAAGCUAGCCACAGUCAUCGUCGAGGACAUCAACGACAGUGCGCCCGAGUUCGUCUCGAUGAACGCCGCGCUGCUGCCGGAGAACUCGCGACGGGGCCACGUCAUCACCACCGUGCUGGCGCGCGACCCUGACGCCAGCACCAACGGCCGCGUCACGUACGAGCUGGCCGACGGCGACCGCUCGCUGUUCUCGCUCGACCGGCUCAACGGUGACCUGGUGCUGACCCACGACCUCUCGGCUCCCGCCUGGAGCUACCAGGUCACGGUGACGGCCACUGACGAGGCGGCACAGGCGCAACGCAAGGCCACCGACACCGUCAUCACCAUCCUGGGCAGCACGAGCACGCGUGGACCCGUGUUCAGUGAGAGCGAGUACCGCGCCAGCGUGCACGAGAACCAGCCAAUCGGCACCAGCGUGCUCACCGUCUCCGCCUCACUGGCGGGCAGCUCGCUGAGCGACAUAGAGUACUACGUGACGAACGUGACCGCCCACGGCCGGCCCACCAGCCGCGCCUUUUCCGUCGACGUGCGUCGUGGUGUCGUCUCCACGGCCGAGGUGGUCGACCGCGAGUCGGGCCUGGAUCAGUACGAGGUCGAGAUCACCGCCGUACUCGCCCGAGGCGUCACGCCACAGGUCACCAGCGUCAAGGUGCAGAUCACGGUGGAGGACAAGAAUGACUCGCCGCCGGUGUUCACGUCGCCGCGGCGCGAGGUGCCGGUGACGGAGGACCUGCCGCCCGGCAGCGAGGUGGUCCGCUUCACCGCCUCUGACGCCGACACCGUCGGCCAGCUGGUGUUCAGCCUCGUCGGCGGCGACGCUGACACGUUCAAGCUGCAGCCGGAGACGGGCGCGCUGAUGCUGGUGCGCGCGCUGGACCGCGAGACGCGCGACGAGUACCGGCUGACGGUGCGCGCCAGCGACGGCGUGCAGGACACCGACCAGACGUUCGUGCUGCAGGUACAAGACACCAACGACAACGCGCCGCUCUUCACCGAGAAAGCGUACAGCUUCGACGUUCCGGAGGACGCCGCCAGGGGCGCACGCGUCGGUACGGUGACAGCGCUCGAUUCUGACCUGGGCAAGAACGGCCGGGUCAUCUAUACGGUCAUAUCCGACUGGGACAACGACGUCUUCUCGCUGGACACGACCACCGGCGUGUUCACGCUCACAUCGAUGCUCGACUACGAACAGGUACAGCACUACAUCUUCACAGUGCAGGCGCAGGACACGGGCCGGCCGGGCCUCUCUUCCACCGUCACCGUCUACAUCAACGUGCUCGAUCUCAACGACAACGAGCCACUGUUCGACCCGCAGUCGUACCACGACCGCGUGAGCGAGGCGGUGCGGCCGGGCACGGCCGUGCUACGCGUCAGCGCCACGGACCAGGACUCGGGCGCGCGCGGCCGGCUCAAGUACCGCAUCGUCGGCGGCGACCCAGACGGACAGUUCCGCAUCUCGGAGAACGGCACCGUGUUCACGGCGCUGCCGCUCGACCGCGAAGAGCGCGCAGCCUACCAGCUGCUGGUGCUGGCCGAGGACUCGGCCGAGCCGCGCGAGCAGCGGCGCUCGUCGUCAGCGCAGGUCAGCAUCGUGGUGGAGGACGUCAACGACGUGGUGCCACAGUUCGUCUCGCCCAACGAGACCUCCGUGGCCGAGAACGUGCCGGUCAACACGGUGGUGAUGGCCGUCAAGGCGGUCGACACGGACGAGGGCCGCAACAGCUACGUGGAGUACGCGCUGACGGAGCCGGCCGGCGGCCCGUUCGUCCUGGGCGCCAUCGACGGCCUGCUGCGCGUGGCCGGUCCGCUGGACCGCGAGCUGCGCGCCAACUACAGCCUGCUGGUGACGGCGCGUGACCGCGGUCAGCCGCCCAACGUCGCGCAGAUGCGCCUGCUGCUGCACGUGGCCGACGAGAAUGACAACGCGCCCAUCUUUGCGCCCGACCAGUACAGCGCCAGCGUGCCUGAGAACACGACCAUCGGCACCGUGGUGACGCGCUGCUCAGCCACCGACGCCGACGCCGGCCUCAACGGCCGCGUGCGCUACAGCAUCAUCGCCGGCGACCGCAACCGCGACUUCGUCAUCGGCCAGGACACGGGCGUGGUGCGUGUGGCCAAGGAGCUCAACUUUGAGCGACGCAGCAUGUACCUGCUGACAGUGCAGGCGGAAGACUCAACCGGCGACGGUGUGCGCUAUGACACGGCGACCGCGACCGUCAGCGUCACCGACAUCAACGACAACGCGCCCGUCUUCCGCGACGCGCCCUACCUCGUCUUCAUCAUGGAGAACGUGGACACGCUGCCGGCACCGCUGACGACGGUGGUGGCGCACGACGCCGACGCGGCGCCCUUCAACGCCAUCAAAUACAGCAUCAAGGAGGACAAGGGCGACAUCUUCCAGAUCGACCCCAUGACCGGCGAGAUCACCGUGCACCGGGCGCUGGACCGCGAAGCCGCCGCCGAGUACCGGCUGGUGGUGGCGGCGACUGACAGCGGCAACCCGCAGCUGACCGGCACCGGCCUGGUGCACGUGCUCGUCCAGGACCAGAACGACCACGCGCCCGUGUUUGACGCGCUCGACUACGUCAUCACCGUGGACGAGUCGAUCCCGGCGGACAGCGACGUCAUCAUGGUGACGGCCAGCGACGAGGACGAGGGCGUGAACGCCCUGCUCAGGUACUCGCUGACGGGCGACGCGGUCGUGCCGUUUACCGUCGACCCGGUGUCGGGUCAGGUGCGCACGCGCGCGCCGCUGGACCGCGAGCGCCAGCAGGCGUACACGCUGACGCUGGUGGUGACGGACAGCAGUCUGACGCAGCCGCGCUCGGCCGCCACCAACGUCACCGUCCUGCUGCGCGACGUCAACGACUCGCCGCCGCAGUUCGCCGCCGCCGAGUUUACGGUCCGCGUGCCCGAUGGCGCGCCGCCAGGCUCGUUCGUGUUCAGCGCCAACGCCGUGGAUGCCGAUGAGGGCGCCAACAGUCGGCUGGUGUACUAUCUGUCCGGCACGGACGCCGACAAGUUUAACAUGGACCAAGAGACGGGCGUCAUCAAGACGGCCUCGACGCUGGCUGGCCUGGAACGCACGUUCCACGUCCAGGUGAAGGCGACCGACGGCGGCCAGCCGCCGCUCACCGCCUCGGCCCAGCUGCACGUGCAGAUCCAGCCGGCUGGCCAGUUCCCGCGCUUCGAGCCGAUGACGACGUCGUUCCAGUUCGGCGAGGACGUGCGCGACGCCGAGGUGGUCACCGUGCGCGCCAGCUCGCCCAAGCCGCCGCCAGCCGGCGCCGUGCGCUACCGGCUGGCCGGCGGCAACGUGGGCGGCGCGUUCGACCUGGACGCUGAGACGGGAGUGCUGCGCGUCAGCCGGCUGGGGCUCGACUACGAGCGCGCGCCGCAGUACCGGCUGUGGGUGGAGGCGGCCGACGCGGACCAGCCGCCGCUGGCCGCCGUCACCGCGUUGGUCGUCAACGUGACCGACUUCAACGACAACGCACCGCUCUUCUCGCGCACGGUGUACGCGGCCAGCGUGCUUGAGGAGCAGUUCCCGCCUGCACUCGUGCUGACGGUGGCCGCCAGCGACGCCGACACGGGCGACAACGCCAAGAUUAUCUAUCGCCUGCGCAAGGACGGCCUGGUGGAGGAUGCGUUCACACUGGACGCGCUCAGCGGCGAGAUCUUCACCAAGGAGAAGCUGGACCGCGAGCAGCUGGACAGCUACACGCUGACGGUCGAGGCCAUCGACCAGGGCAACCCGCAGCAGACCGGCACGGCCAUGGUCACCAUCGAGGUGCGCGACAAGAAUGACAACCCGCCGCGCUUCACACAUCUCUUCAAUGUCAACGUGACGGAGAACGCCGAGAUCGGCUCGUUUGUCAUCCAGGUGACGUCGUCGGACCGCGACAUCGACGAGAACGCCAACGCCACGUACAGCUUUACCAAGAACCCGGGCCGCAAGUUCGCCAUCGACCCGGUGAGCGGCAACGUGACGGUGGAGGGCGCCGUGGACCGCGAGGAGCGCGAGGAGUACGCGCUCAUGGUGUCAGCCGUGGACGGCUCGUGGCACGCCGAGACGCAGCUCACCAUCACCAUCCAGGACACCAACGAUAACGCGCCGCGCUUCGAGCGCGGCCGCUACGUGUUCAACCUGGCCGAGUCGGAGACGAGCGUGGCGUUCGUCGGCCAGAUUGAGGCCGAGGACGUCGACAAGGCGGGCCCGAACGCUGUCGUGACCUACUCGCUGAGGCAGCCGUCCGACUUCUUCAGCGUCGAUCCGGGCAGCGGGCGGCUAUUCUCUAAGCAGCCGCUGCGCUACAAGAAGUCCAACCGCAUGGCGUCGCCGGAGAACCAGUACGUAUUCGAGAUCGUCGCCAUGGACCACGGCAAGCCGCCCAUGUCGUCCUCCUGCACCGUCACCGUCAACGUGGUCGAUGCCAACAACCAUGCGCCGACGUUCCGCGAGCACAUGCCGCUCAGUGCCGUGCCAGAGUCGUCGGUGAAGGGCGACCGCGUGCUGCAGCUGACCGCGGACGACAGGCUCGACUCGGGCAUCAACGCCGUCGUGCGCUACCGCUCGCGGCCCUGCAACGGCUCCGACUUCUUCGCCGUGGACGCCGAGACGGGCUGGGUGACGGUGCUGUCGCCGCUGACCGGCCGCAGCGGCGUGCAGUACGAGGUGUGCGUGGUGGCGUACGACAUGGGCGUGCCGCCGCAGAACGCCACCGCCACUCACGUGCUGGUGGUGACCGGCCCCAACGAGCGCGACCCGGUCUUCACGCCGCUCAGCUACCACGUGAUCGUGCCCGAGGAGGAGCCCGUGGCGACGACCAUCGUGAGCGUAACGGCCUCGGACGUCGACAAGGGCAUCAACGGCCGCGUGCGCUACAGCUUGGCCGGCGGCAGCGACGACGACUGGUUCACCGUCGAUGAACACACCGGCGUGGUGGCCAACGCCCGGCCGCUCGACUUCGACCGCCAGGACAAGUACAACCUGACGAUCGUCGCCACCGAUCUGGGCUUCGUGCCGCGCUCGGCCACCGCAGAGCUGCGCGUCACACUCACCGACAUCGACGACAACCCGCCGACGUUCAAUCAGAGCGCGUACCAGGCGUUCGUGGCCGAGAAUGCGCCGGUCGGCUCGCCUGUCAUUCGGCUGGUGGCCACCGACCGCGACUCCAGCCGCAACGCCAUCAUCGGGUACAGCAUCGUCGGCGGCGACGACAAGGAGCUGUUCGCCAUUGACCGCGACUCGGGACUGGUGACGACCCGGCGCGUGUUCGACUACGAGCAGCGGCAGUUCUACACGCUCGACGUGAUGGCCGCCAAUCCGGACUCGUCGCAACGCGGCUACACCAAGGUGCGCGUGGCCAUCACCGGCAUCAACGAGUUCUACCCGCGCUUCGUCAAGCGCGUGUUCCGCUUCACCGUGUCCGAGUCGGCGACCGUUGGCACGGGCGUCGGCCAGUUGCAGGCCACGGACGACGACGACGGCGCCGACGGUGAGGUCACUUACCUGCUGGUGGGCAGCAGCAACGACCGCGGCUUCCGCGUCGACCGGCAGACGGGCGUCAUCCGCGUGGCGCGUCGCCUCGACCGCGAGUCGCGCAACCGCGUCGUGCUGACGGCGCUCGCCAAGAACGCCGGCGGCAUUCGCGGCAACGACACGGACGAGGCGCAGGUCAGCAUCACCAUCCAGGACGGCAACGAUCCGCCGCAGUUCGAGGAGACGGUAUACCGCGUAAAACUGUCGGAGGGCGCCGCGCCCGGCGCCGCCGUGCUGGCCGUCCAGGCCAUCGACAAGGACGUGCAGCAGCAGAACAACCAGUUCACGUACAGCAUCCUGGACGGCAACGAGGGCGACGUGUUCAAGGUGCACCCGCAGAGCGGCCGCAUCGAGUCGACCAAGCAGCUGGACCGCGAGCAGGUGAGCCUAUACAACCUGACGCUCGGUGCCAUCGACAGCGGCAACCCGCCGCAGACAGGCACAGCCGCCGUCCUCGUCACCAUCACCGACAUCAACGACAACGGGCCGACAUUCGACACCACGCCUGUCGUCGGCUACGUGUCGGAGAACGAGCCGGCCGGCAGCACGGUAAUGACGCUGAGCGCCACCGACCCCGACCUGCCGCCGAACGGCGCGCCGUUCGCCUACUACCUGGCGGGCGGCGAGCACCAGGACGCGUUCACCAUCGACGCGCAGUCGGGCACGGUGCGCACGGCACGCACCUUCGACCGCGAGCGCACGCCACAGUUGCGCUUCACGCUCGAGGUGCACGACAGCGGCCGCCCCAAGAUGAAGGCGCGCUACCCCGUGCGCGUGGUGGUUACGGACCGCAACGACAGCCCGUCGUCGCCGCGCACCGUCCAGGUACUGGUGUUCUCGUUCGAGGGCGUGUUCGCCGGCGGCCGCGUGGCCGACGUGCACCCGAACGACGCCGACACGUCGGGCCAGUACCACUGCCGGCUGCUGUCGGGCGCCGCCGGCCUCUUCACCAUCGAGAGCAGCUGCGACCUGACGGUCGGCCGCGUCACGGGCGAGCAGUCACACACGCUCAGCACGGCCGGCGACGACGGCAUUCACGACGAGGUCACCUCCACCGUCACGCUGCAGUUCGCCGCGUUCGACAACGCCACACUGGAGAGCGCCAUCGUCAUCCGCAUCCUCAACACGACGUCGGAGCGUUUCCUGGCCAAGCAGUACAAGCCGCUGCUACGCACCGUCUCCGACUUGUUCGAGUCGAGCGACGAUGUCACCGUCUACUCGGUGACGCAGACGGACGAUCACGUGGACCUGACGCUGGCCGUGGCCACGCGCUCCGGCUACCGGACGCGCACCGAGAUCAUCCAGCAGCUGAAGGAGGGCCGCGUGCGUAUCCAGCGCCUGCUGCAGAGCGCCUCGUUCAUCAUCAACUUUGACCCGUGCCCGACGUCGCCGUGCCAGAACGGCGGCCGCUGCCGGUCGGGCAUCCAAGUGUCGUCCAACACGCAGAUCACGGACAGCCCGAGCCUCAUCUUCACCAGCCCGCAGGUGCGCAACCUGUUCACGUGCCAGUGCCAGGCGGGCUUCACGGGGCCCGCCUGCCAGCACCGGCAGGACCCGUGCAGCCCCAAUCCCUGCCAGGCCGGCGGCGUCUGCGCAAAGAACGGCUACCAGUUCACCUGCACGUGCCCGCGCAACCGCGGCGGCGCCACGUGCGACGUGGACCGCGCGAGCGCGUGCGACGACGAGCCGUGCCAGAACGGCGGCAACUGCCGCGCCACCCCGGACGGAGGCUUCUUCUGCCUGUGUCGACCCGGCUACCGCGGCGCCACGUGCCAGCUGGCCAGCGACUCGUGUCGGCCCAACCCGUGCAUGAACGGCGGCACGUGCGUCAGCGAGGCGCCAGGCUACAUGUGCACAUGCCCGCCCAACUUCUACGGCAAGCACUGCGACCGCUCCAGCUGGGGCUUCGAGGAGCUCAGCUUCAUGAGCUUCCCGACGCUGGACGCGAGUACCAACGACAUCUCGGUGACUUUCUCCACCAACAAGCCGGACGGCCUGCUCGUCUACAACUACGGCGCGCAGACGGGCGGCCGCUCCGACUUCGUGGCGCUGCAGCUGGUGGGCGGCCGGCCGCAGCUGGCCUACGGCGGCACGCGCACGGCCGUGACGCGCGUCACGCUCAAGCGGCCCGUGGCCGACGCCGGCUGGUACCGGCUCACGGCCACACGCAACGGCCGCGUCGUCUCGCUCAGCGUCGUCACGUGCAACGAGAACGGCGACACGUGCGCCGAGUGCAGCCCCGGUGACAGCGGCUGCGAGUACGCCACCGACCAGGGCACCGUCGGGACGCUCAACUUCAACGACGAGCCGAUGUACGUGGGCGGCGUGAUGACCAUCGAUCCGGUGCAGGAGCGGCCCGGCCAGGUGGACACCGACGACUUCAUCGGCUGCAUCCAGUCCGUGUUCGUCAACGGCCGCCAACUCAACAUGUCGGCGCCGCUCAAGGCGCGCGGCGUCUCGGACAAGUGCCAGCGCGCGCCCAACGUGUGCCGCGACAGCCCGUGCGGCGAGGGCGCCACGUGCCUGGACCGCUGGAGCCGGCACGUGUGCGUGUGUCCGGGCGGCUUGCUGGCAGCCGACUGCUCGGCCGCGCUCGAGCCCAGCUCGUUCCAGGGCGGCCACGUGGAGUUCCGGGUGACGGCGCGGCACCGGCGCCGCCAGCUGGUGCCGCGCCUGUUCCAGGGCGCCGACCGCUGGCGGCGGCGGCGAGAGCUGGCCGGUCGGCCCGACAAACGGCUGAGCAUGCGCCUGCGCACGGCAGACACGGACGCAGUCAUCCUGUACGCGGCCACCAACAACGACUUCACCCUGCUGCAGCUGAAGGAUUCGCUGCUGCGGUACACGUCCAAGGUGGGCGCCAACCCGCUCAUCAACAUGACGGUUACUCAGGCCGACCUGACGGACGGCGCCUGGCACAACCUCAGUCUGGCCAUCGUCGACAACACACUGCAGAUCCUGCUGGACGACGCCAAAGUGGGCGACGCCCUGUACGCUACCUCUGUGCACGAUUUCCUGGACGCCUACCUCACGGAGCUCACACUGGGUGGCCCCACCGAGCUGCCAAAGGCAGUCGGCGCUGUCGACGAGUUCCACGGCUGCAUCGCGAUGCUGGCGAUCGACGGCGAGGUACAGCCGCUGAACGGCACGGGCGACCUGCUGCGGGCGCGGCCGGUCGGGCGCGUCUCCGAGGGCUGUCACGGCGCGCUGCCCGCCACCGACCCGCUCUCCAUCGGCAUCACUCUCGUCAUCGUCUUCUUCGUCAUCCUCUUCGUGGCAAUCGCCGUCUCGUUUGUCGUGUUCCGGCUGCGGCGGCACAAGAGCGAGAAGACGCCGUCGCACGCCAAGCUGGGCGGCUCAGGAGUCAUGUCGCCGUCGACCGCCGACUCGGGCCGCAGCCACCACGACUCGGGCUUCGCCGAGACGGGCGAGCUGACGGACGAGGUGCUGCGGGGCCACCUGGGCGGCGACCUGGGCCGCAAGUACCCGCCGCAGCGGCCCGACAUCAUCGAGCGCCAGGUGGUGAACCGCUCGCCGGCCGGGCCGCAGCUGUCGCACAUCGACUCGGUCAGCCAGCAGGGCGUGCCCGACUCGGUGUCCGAGGUGCCCGAGCACUACGACCUCGAGAACGCAAGCUCGAUCGCGCCCUCCGACAUCGACGUCGUUUACCACUACAAGGGCUUCCGCGACGGCAACGUUCGCCGCUAUAAGACCAACCCGCACCUGGGUCAGUACCACAAGCACAACCACCGGCACAGUCCACACAGCUUCGUCAGCUCGCCGCACCGCGAGAGCCCGCGCAGCCUGGUGCGCCAGUCGCCGAACCCGAUGGCGCCGCGCGAGUCUCCGGGCGCCAUGAAGAUGCAGAGCACGCCGCUGGCGCGGCUCAGUCCGAGCUCGGAGCUCAGUCAGCAGACGCCGCGCAUCCUGACGCUGCAGGACAUCAGCGGAAAGCCGCUGCCGACGGCGCUCCUCUCGGCGGCCACCGUCAACAGCGAGCGUAGCCUAAACUCGCCGGUGAGCCAGCUGAGCCGCAGCUCCGAGUCGGUGCACACCUCGUCACAGAGCACCAAGAAGAAGAAGCCCGAGCCGGGCGGCGACGGGCUGGCCGGCCGGCUGCACGCCCGCGCGCCGCGCAACAACUCAAGCCUGGUGAACACGGUGGACGCCGUCAGCUCGGGCUCUGAAGGCCGUAAAAAGCGGGGCGGCCGGGAGCCUGGCAACGCGCCCAUGAUGGAGCGCGGCAGCAGCAGCUCGGACGAGAGUGGAAACGACUCGUUCACCUGCUCCGAGUUCGAGUACGAGAAUCAGUACGACAAGGUGGCGCGCGACUUCGGGCCGCAGAACAUGAUCUUCUCCAAGCUGGCCGAGGUCGACAACGAGAACGAUCACGAGAACAGCUCGGGCGGCAACAAGUACGACGGGCUAGACUCGUUUCGCGGCUCGCUCAGCACGCUGGUGGCGUCCGACGACGACAUCUCCAACAUCCACUCCUACAAGCCGGCUAACGGCUCCAGCCUCGGCUGGGACUAUCUGCUCAACUGGGGGCCCAACUUCGAGAGCCUCGUGGGCGUGUUCAAAGACAUAGCCGAGCUGCCGGACUCGACGGGCGGCGGCGCGAGCGCGCGCGCCACGCCCUCGGCGCGAAACACGGGCGCCACGCCCAAGCCCAGCGAGGAGUACGUGUGAGUGAGCCAGCGAGAACGAGAGCGCGCGCCGCGUGUGAUAUUAGUGUUUUCUAUUCAGUGCCAAGCAAGUCAGGGUGAUGUUCAGUGUAUUCGACUCCGUGACGAGGAGGCGGCGGCCGGCCCGGGCCGCCCCGCGGCCGGCUCGGGGCCGGCGCCGGCGCCGGCCGCCGGAGCUUAGCGGCCGCCAGGGGGCCGCGCGUGCACCCGCCGCUGCCGGCCACUGAGGGACGACGCGCCGCCGGCCGCGCGUCGCCCAGACAAUCAUGCGUAGGCUUGUUGAUUUGUGUUGUACAAAUGUGUAUCAUACUGGGAGACUAUCGUGCGCCCGUGCCAAACCCGCAAACGAUCAUUCAAUACAGCCAUUAAUCGAU